AUGACCACCAGCACCAACCAUGCCAUCUCCGCCACAAUCGCCCAUCUCCGCAACCACACAUGGGCUAAUACCUUGAUCUCCUCGCCCGACUACACCGCCAUCACGACCGACUCUCGCCGACCCAAACCCAGCGGCGAAGACACCUUCUUCGGCGCAACAAUAGCCACACCCACCACCAUCCCGCACGUCCUCACCCUCCAACGUCAACAAUUAACCAGCCCGCUCUCAGCCCCGCCGGCCUGGCUCCCUGCUACCAAAGAAGAUGCGGCCGCCCUCAAGAAGAGCGGAGCCGCACCGACGCCCGGCGUAAAUCCCGCGGAUAUCAUCAUGAUUUAUGAUCUGGGAGGGGCGGGGGUCGCGGGUCAUCCGUCGACGGUGCACGGGGGGGUCGUUGCGACGAUGAUCGAUGAGGCGAUGUCGUUGGCUGUUGCUGCGCAUGCUUCGGGUUCUGGUGCUGGGACGACAGGGGAUGAGGGUCCGGGUCCGAGUCCGAGUCCGAGUCCGAGUCCGAGUCCGAGUCCGUCGGGUGACAGGAAUCCGCGGGGGAAGCUGUUUACAUCGCAGUUGGAUGUGCGGUAUAAGAAGCCCGUCGUGACGCCGCAGUUGUUGGUGGUGCGAGCUCGAGUGGUGGCUCGGGUAGGGAGGAAGUAUUGGGUGAGAGCUCAGGCGGUGCAGGAGGAUGAGGCGGGGGCGGGGGGGCAUUUGGAGUGGACGAAGAGGAAAGUGGUCAAGGCGGAUUCGAUGGCUUUUUGGAUUGUUGUGCCGGAGAAUCAAGCGAAGCUGUAG